UAUAAUAAAGUUGAAUAUACAAAUUUAAAAAUAAAAAAUGCUUCCCAGUUCGUGUUAUACAAGUGCAUCGGGUCUUCCGGAUAAUGAGCAACUGGUCAACACGCUGUUGGCCUGUCCGGAAUAUCUACGCGCCAGCAAUCCAUUGGCUGCAGGUGCCGUCGGAGCUAUGAGCAUGGAUGGAUUGCCCUGCAAUGGGUUUCCAUCGGCAUUCUACUAUCAGGGCAUGGAUAACUUCUUGUCGCUGCAUAAUAAUAUCUGGAAUUUACCCAUAUCCUUUCUGCACAACAAUCAUCGACCAGAGAAACCGCCUUUCUCUUACAUAGCUCUGAUUGCCAUGGCCAUAAGCAGUGCUCCCAAUCAAAGACUCACACUUAGCGGCAUCUACAAGUUUAUCAUGGACAAAUUCCCCUACUAUCGUGAGAACAAGCAAGGCUGGCAGAACUCCAUCAGGCACAAUCUAUCGCUCAACGAUUGCUUCGUGAAGGUGGCGCGUGAUAAGAACACCAUCGAUGAUAACGACAGCGCGGGCAAAGGCAGCUACUGGAUGCUGGAUGCCUCUGCCACCGACAUGUUUGAGCAGGGCAACUACCGACGGCGACGCACACGUCGAAGACACUGCGGUAAUGCCAAUCGCUUUGAUCGCGAUGCCACAUCGCGGGAUGCGAAUGGGAGCAACGAUGGUGAGGUGCGAUCACCAAGCGAGUCGCUGCCCGAGUUUGAUAUAUUCUGCAACGACAAUGUGGCAGCAAGCAGACCCAACUAUUCGGAUCGCAUCACUGAGCUGCAUCGUCAGUAUCUAUCUGUGUCCUUUGGCUUCAACAGUCUCUUCAACAAUGAAUCACGCAACACACAAGUCAAAGAUGCCACACAAUCAGACAGUCCGUGCUCCAGCCAGACGGCAGCAAGUGCCACGGACAGCGCCUUGUUGCACGAAGAUCUACAUUCCCCAAGCGCGUUUACGCCGCCACUUCCAAGACGCACUGCAGCACCGGAAGUUGGUGGACAGGAGAUGGCAACACUUGAUGCAUUUAAAGGAUUACAGGAAUUAUUGGGUGGCAGCGACACGCCCACAGCGCCAGUUGCCAGCAAUAAUAAUAAAUCAAAGACAACGACGCUAUUUACAAUUGAGAACAUAAUUGGCAAACAGUAGCAUAGAAACAUCAUUUCGCACAAUCGAAUUAAAUUUGUUAAUACAU